CAGGUUAGUACAAUGCACUGAAAGAAGAGUUAAUGGCAUUAUCUAAGAAUCAGACAUGGACUCUUGUUCUGCGCCACUCUUCCAUGAAUGUUAUUGGCUCUAAAUGGGUCUAUAAAACCAACUUAAAAGCAGAUGGUAGCUUAGAAAGGUUGAAAGCAAGGCUUAUAGCUAAGGGAUUCAACCAACAAGCUGGCAUAGACUAUGAAGAAACCUUUAGUUCAGUUAUCAAGCCCCAAACAAUUCGCAUUGUGCUCACUAUUUCACUUGCAAAAGGAUGGACCAUCAAGCAAUUAGAUUUCCAAAAUGCCUUUUUACAUGGCUACUUAACGGAACCGGUCUACAUGAAUAGCCACCUGGAUUUGAUGACCCAACUCAUCCAAAUCAUGUAUGUCAAGUCAACAGAGCACUUUAUGGUCUUAAACAAGCUCCUAGAGCCUGGUUUGAACGAUUCAGCCACUUCCUACUUCAACUUGGUUUUCUAUGCAGUCGUUGUGAUUCAUCUUUAUUCAUUCUUCAUCAUGCUCAAGAAGUUGGGAAAUCUCUCAUACUUUUUGGGAAUUCAAGUCUACAUUACCCUUCAUGGAUUAUUCCUAUCUCAGAAGAAAUAUGCCCAGGAGCUCCUUAAAUGUGCAGGAAUGAUUGAUUGCAAAGCCAUAGCAACACCAAUGGUCACCAAGUCCUUGGCACUUUCUCAUGUAGAGCCAUUCUCCAAUCCUUCACUCUUUUGAAGUUUGGUUGGAGCUUUAUAGUAUCUAACAAUCACAAGGCCAAAACUUUCAUAUGUUGUUAAUACUGCAUGCCAAUCCAUACACUCUCCUACUGUUGGAAGCUUUCAGUUAGUCAAAAGAAUAUUGAGAUAUGUGAAGGGAACAAUUGAUUGUGGCCUUCAUUUCCUUAAAGACUCUAGUCUUGACUUAUAUGGUUACUCCGAUGCCGAUUGGGCAAGUUGCAGUAUCACGCGACGUUCCAUUACAAGUUUUGUAGUAUUUCUUGGCUCUAACUUGGUAUCAUAGGGAGCAAAGAAACAAAACACAGUUGCCCGCUUAAGUGCGGAAGCUGAAUAUAGAGCACUUGCAUCCACCACGGCUGAACUUACAUGGCUUUCUUUUAUAUUGCGUGACCUUGCCA